GCGGGGCGCGGUGUGGGCUGGAAAAUGGCGGCGCCCUCGGCCCCGCGGCCGCCCCGGCCCCGCAAGGAGCCGCAGCCGCUCGUCAUCCCGCGCAGCGCCGCCGAGGAGCAGCGCCUCCGCCUUGAGCGGCUCAUGAGGAACCCGGAAAAGACUGUGCCAAUUCCUGAGAAGCUGAACGAAUGGGCGCCGCGGCCUCCCCCGGAGUUCGUCAGGGAUGUGAUGGGUUCCAGUGCUGGAGCUGGGAGUGGGGAGUUCCACGUGUACCGGCACCUGCGGCGCAGAGAGUACCAGAGGCAGGAUUUCAUGGAUGCCAUGGCUGAGAAGCAAAGACUGGAUGAGGAGUUCCAGAGGAAGCUGGAGAGGAACAAGAUGAUUGCAGAGGAGCAAACGGCCAAGCGCAGGAGGAAGCGCCAGAAGUUGAAAGAGAAGAAACUGCAGGCUAAGAAAAACAAACUGGAGCAAAAGAAGCAGGAGAAAGACCCCAGCCAGCCUCAGGAGCGAGGCAGCAGCGAGGACGACGACGAGGACAGCAAGGAGGAGGAGGAGGAGGAGGAAGAGAAGGAAGAUGAUGCUGAGGAGCCCAGUUUUGUGAUGGGCAGAGGCUGAGGGCUCGCAGGGCCAGCUGGCAAGCACUGUUCAUCGCUUUGAUCCGCAGGAGCAUGGAAGCUUUCAUCUCAGCCAAGCAGAAGCCAUCGGCCUGCACCACAUCUGCUUCGCGGUGAACGACCUUCACCUCCCGGGCCCGAGGGAUGCUGACAGAGAAAUGCCAACUGAGAGAGAUCUCCUUUAUUUCCUUCCUUGCUUGUGGAACUGCUGUGCAGCCUGCCCUGAGCUCGCUCUACAGACUCGGCCCACGAGCCUCUGGCCACCCCAGAGGGCUUCCUCGCACGGCCCCGGGGCGGUUUCGCUCUGCCUGACAGCUCAAACAUAUCCCUUCCCAUUUAAGGCAAAGAGUUACUGUGAGGGCUCUGUGGUCUGCUGCUGGCCAAGCUGGGAGCAGUGGGCUACACAAA